GGAAUCUCAGAUGGCAGAAGAGGAGGUCUCUCAAACUCCAAUAGCCAUUUUUGAAGAACCAAAUGAAGCUGAAGAUAGUGACUCACUCUCAAGAUACAUAUCAAAUUUUGCACUUGAUGAAGCAGAAGGAGAAUCUGAGAGGACACUAAAGAUCACUGAUGAAGAAGAUGUGCAAGAAGAUGCUGAAUCUCUUCCUUUGCAACUCUUUCAAAGGACAUCAUCUCCUCAUCAGGUAACCAAUUUUCCCUUCCAUAGCUCUUCCACUCCUACUCUUCCGGAUGAGAUACCGGAAACCUGGACAAGGAAGGUCCAAGGGCUGAUUGAGUCAGCCCUAGCAUCUCAACAUGCCUCCUUUAGGCAAGAGAUAGAGCUAAUGGAAGCCAAACACACUGAGCUGAUAGAGAAAUCUGAAAAGAAACACAGCGCUGAUCUCAAAGAGAUAAGUAAAUCAGUAGAAAAGACUCUAGAGAUCAUCUCUCUAUUGAGUAAAACUGUGAUCAUUGACAAUCAAAAGGAAGCAUACAAGCUGUUCAGACUUAUUGGUGCACAUUCUGGGAACCGCAAGAUGGAAGUAAUUUUCCAACAACACAGUCCAUCUCCAAUACCACAGCUACCUAUUGCAGUCAACGAAGGAGAAGCAUCUUAUGUCCCUUCUCAUCUGCACAAGACUAAUCUGAUCCUUGAAGCACAACAAAGAAAUCCGGAAAACUCAGCACAGCACCUAUCCAGCUCAGGACUGGAUGGAACAGAAUUUAUAGGUGCAGUGGCUGACCACUUCUCAGAUGCUGCUCAAACAGAGGAAAGGCGUGAAAACUUAAGGCGCAUCAAAGAACUGUGUGGGAACAUGCAGGGAAUCAGUGAAGUUGCCGGAUCUUCAAAACGCAAAAGGAACUGAAGGUUCUUUUCAUCAAACCAGGGGGAAAGUAUGUGAAAACAUUUGUUUUGAUGAAAACACCUUCUUGUUUAAACAUUGCUUGAUUGGUU